AUGCCCUUCUUGAAUUUAGUUGUUCUAUAUCUUUUAGUAGGACAUGCAAGGGCAUCUGCGGUUUCAGAGACUACAGAAAAUAGAUAUAAGUGCCUUUUUGACGAGUACAACAUGCAUUUUGGACACAACUACGAGUGUGCCACUGGAUAUGCGAGAGCACUUCGGCACUUCGUUGAGAAUUUGGAGCGUUUUAAUGUCUCUCACGCCCGAAGCAUCACCCACCUCAUAGACAUUCUUACGUGGACAGAGGAGAAUGUAGUUUAUACUCUUAACCCUGUUUUGCACAAAGACAUUAUUCCGAGUGUGUCACCACACCACAGAUCUAAGUAUAUUAUUAAAUUUGAUAGCAGAUGGCGACGGAUUGCACACAUGAUUAAGAAAAUCGUGCACAGAGGACCGCUGGUAGCGAGUAGCUGUGGAAGUCACACACCAAUAGUCUAUGUACGUGCCAAUCCGCUUCCAAUCUUGUCAAAGCUUCCGCCUUCGGUUGACUUUCGCGAGCUGGGCCUGGUGGACAGAGCCAGGAACCAGGGUCUGUGUGGCUGUAGCUGGGCAAUGGCGAGUGCGGGACUCUUUGAGGCGACGAUACGGUCGACUCGUGAAUACUUUAAGAACAACGGUGACGUCGACAGCGUUUUCAAGGACCCUCAGUUCAAUGCUUCGGAGCAGUACUUUCUAAACAAAUCUUCGUUUGGGAUAAAUAAUUGCUGCGAGGGCGGGAACUACCUGUUCCUGUCCCUUGAUCUUGCCAACAAUCCGUACAUGGACACUGUGGAGUCCCUUGAGAACUUUCCGUUUAUGAUGAAAGACACAUACCACAAUCCAGACUCCAUUGUAGACGACUUCUCGUGCAAGGUAUCAAACCCUUUCCUCCCAGGAAACUAUGUCACAGUGUCAGCGUGCAAGACCUCACUUAUCUACAUCUACGACAUACUAUCUCCUGUGUGGGCGUUCGGGAAGGCGAUUAAGAUUAUGAAAUCACUGUUGGCCCAAGGAAUACCUGUCGUUGCCACCCUGCACAUAUCCACGCUCGGGGAUGAGUAUCUGAGAAGGAUUGCAAUGUAUAAUAGGGGAAUCUUAGACAUACCAUGUAAGCAUGGUGACCGGGCUGCUAUUCAUCAAGUCCUCAUCAUUGGGUACGGCACCUAUAGUGGCAUCGACGUUUGGGUUGUUCGGAAUUCGUGGGGAGAUCUAUGGGGGAGUCAUGGCCACUUCUACGCGGCAAUAGGCAAGAAUUCUAUGUGCAUUGAGGAGACUCUAUACACGGAGAUACCAGCCUACUUCCCAUUAGCAGGAUACGAGAUGUAUAGGCCAUAUGUCCAGCGGAAGCCUGCUGACUCUUCUACUGUUUGGAGCGGGAUCUUGGAACGAGGCGACGAGGACUCUCUUGAUCCAGAUCCGAUCGAGGUCGAUCUAAAGACAGAGCAAAAGGCAUUCGUGAUCAUAAUGGCAACGUGCACCAUACUAUCCCUUGCUGUAGUCCUUCUCAUAGCCAUCCUUGUUGUGACUAUCAAAAGCAAGAGGUGGAGGGUUAGCAGGCCGGGAUCUCAAGCUGAGUCUCAGCCGUCUGUGUCAAUUGUUAACAUUAGAGGAGAGCGGGGACUAUUUAGGUGA